AGGAGGGAAGACGACGGAGAAUGAGGAGAGGGAUUCCCUUCCACACUCCAAGCGCGGCUCCGGCACUUCAGCGCGCCCUUGCCCCAGCGCGCACACGAGCAGCGGUUCCUCUUUUUCUGGUGUUUCUGCUUUAAUUCAAGGGGUAUUCUGCAGCGUCUCUCCAGUUUUCCCCGAGUUUCCGCGGUGCGCGGCUCCAUCCCGUGAAAAUGCCGGAGCUCAUCUCAGUAAGCGACUUCAUCGCUGAGGCGCAGGAAGACUACAGCUCCCCGACCACCUCGGCGUUCACAACCAAAAUGGCAAGUUGCCGGAACACGGCUAACGGCAUCGAGGAGGCUCUAGAUCUUGAUAGAGUAGUUCUGCAAAAAAUGAAGAAGGCGGCCAAAGCUCAGUAUGUCUCAGGUCAAGAUCACAUUUCCCAUCUGGAAAACUACAUUGCCUCAAUGGAGAGGCUUGCACAGAAUUUUAGAAAUAAUGGAGAAUAUGAACUUGCAACUGCCUUUAACAAGUUUGCAGAAUUUUCAAAGGAGCCUCUGACACCAAUGAAGAAUCUGUUGCAGAGUCUCUUUCACAACAUAAACUUCUUUCUGGAUUCCCUAGUAAAAGGCGACUUAAAGGAUGUCAAAGGGGAUCUUAAGAAGCCCUUUGAUAAAGCCUGGAAAGAUUAUGAAAAUAAAUUCACCAAAAUUGAGAAGGAGAAGCGGGAACUGGCGAAACAGUAUGGAAUGGUCAGGACCGAGGUGAGUGGCGGGGAAAUUGCUGAAGAGCUGGAGAAGGAGCGGCGCAUGUUUCAGCUGCAGAUGUGUGAGUAUUUAAUCAAAGUGAAUGAAAUCAAGACCAAGAAAGGUGUGGAUCUGCUGCAGAAUCUCAUCAAGCACUACCACUCCCAGUACAAUUAUUUCCAGGAGUGCUUGACAACGACUGAAAAAUUGAAGCAGUAUAUUGAAGCACUGACCACUGAGCUUGCUGGUAUUAAGCAACGGCAAGAUGAGGAGAAGAAGCAAUUGUGUUUGCUACGAGACCUACUAAAGCCAAGCCUUCAGCUUGAGCAGAAAGAGGACUCUUUAAAUCGGCAAACUGUGUACAGUAUGCAUCAGCUUCAGGCCAACAAGCAGUACGGCACUGAAAAGUCUGGGUACUUAUACAAGAAGAGUGAUGGAUUAAGGAAGGUAUGGCAAAAGCGCAAGUGUACCAUUCAGAACUGCUACCUGACCAUUGCACAUGGCACACCUAACAGACCUCCAACCAAGCUGAAUCUGCUGACCUGCCAAGUGAAGCCAAGUUUAGAGGACAAGAAAUGUUUUGAUCUCAUCUCACACAACCGAACAUACCACUUCUUGGCAGAUGAUGAGCUGGAGUGCACAGCGUGGAUAUCAGUUUUGACCAACAGUAAGCAAGAAGCCCUGAAUGUUGCACUUGAUGAUAAGCCGUCUUGUGGGGAAAACAGCAUUGGAGAUUUAACAAAAGCUGUUAUUGAUGAUAUCCGCCGUAUGCCUGGCAACAACAUGUGCUGUGACUGCGGAGCACCAGAUCCAAUGUGGCUCUCAACCAACCUGGGCAUCCUGACAUGCAUUGAGUGCUCUGGUAUCCACCGCAAGAUGGGUGUUCACCACUCCCGCAUACAGUCAUUAGCAUUGGAUAAGUUGGGCACAUCAGAGUUACUGGUAGCUAAGAAUGUUGGGAAUACUGGUUUUAACGAGAUUAUGGAGGCUGGUCUUAAGAACCCUGCUGCCAAGCCAUCAGCAGACAGUGAUAUGAAUGUGCGGAAAGACUUCAUCAUUACCAAAUAUGUUGAAAAGAAGUUUGCUCGCCGUACAGGGAGCUCACCGAUAGUGCUUCUCAGGAACUUGCAGGAUGCUGUGACCUCAAAGGAUAUAUUUGCACUAUUGCGAGUAUAUGCAGAGAACUUAGACCUGAGUGAUUCUCUGCCUUUAAUAAUACAGGAGCAAGGAGAAGCUGCCCUCCACAUUGCUGUUCUCUUGUCUGACCGCACCUCCCUCCACAUGGUAGACUUUCUGGUACACAACAGUAAUAAUCUUGACAAGCAAACGGUUCGAGGGAACACUGCUUUGCACUACUGCUGCCAGCACAACAACACAGAGUGCCUUAAAUUACUUCUACGUGCAAAGGCCAACACACAUAUCAAAAAUGAAAAUGGUGAGACAGCACUGGACAUUGCCCGGCGGCUGAGGCACACGCAUUGUGAGGAGUUGGUCAGUCAGGCACAGUGUAACCAGUUCAACAUGCAUGUCAAUGUGGAAUAUGAGUGGAGGCUGAGGCAGGAGGAUGUUUAUGAAAGUGAUGAUGAUUUGGAUGAAAAGGACCGUUCCUGCCGCCCUAUCAGCCUUUAUCAAGCUCCCUGCACACCGCCUCAGACCUGUAGUACUGGCCAGAUCACCGUGGGACGGCGCUUGGCAGCCCUACACAAGGACACCAUGCGAGACAUCUAUGCCACACCUAACAAAUUUAGCCGUAGUCUAGAUAGCCCUCAGACCACCAGUCCUCCGUAUUUUGCACCACCACUUCCUCCUAGAGUACGAGCCCCAAACAUUCCCCCACCUCCUCCUCCUAGCAGCAGCCCCCAGACACCGGAUUAUGACAGUGUAACCAUAACUAAGAAGAACCUUCCUCCUCCACUGGUCAUAAGGCACAAGCGUACCUUGUCAGAACCAACGCCUCAGGUGCCUCACAGCCCCCUGAGCCAGCGACAUGUAUCUGUUGAUCAUGGGUUGCCAGUACAUUCUAGGGGAUUUGGAGGUCCUGAAAAUUUGUACCAGAAACCCAGCUUGGGCUCUCCUAAAUAUACAACAACUCCACUCAACUCCUUGCCUGAACUGCCAGAGAAAGGUGUUCAGAAUUGGACAGAUGCUCCUUCCCACAAUAUUUACCAGACCCCAGUGCCCAGCUGUAAAUCCUCUCUACCAAAUUCCCCAUCUUCUAAGUUCUCAAUGUUUGAUGGGGUUGACCUUGUUGAAGUUACACCAGGAACAGCUCCCUACCCACUGCCUAGGAAAAACACGGGAAAGCCAAAGCUCCGAAGAGUGAAGGCUAUUUAUGACUGUAUUGCUGACCAUAGUGAUGAAUUAACAUUCAAGGAGGGAGAAGUCAUUGUGGUCACUGCAGAAGAGGAUGCAGACUGGUGGAUGGGCUACAUUGAAGCAGAGCCAUACAAGAGAGGCCUCUUCCCAGCAUCCUUCGUACAUAUCCUCUCAGAUUAAAGAUCUGGAAGACACUGCUGCUUGGUGGUUAAAGGUCACAGCUGAAACAUAGCUGCUGAAGCAAUCUAAAAAGGAGUGGACCCUCCCGGAGUGGAAGUCGACAAGUGACAAUGUGUUUUGAUAUAAACCAGCGCCAAAGUGGCUGUUCUUGCAUGCUUUCCGCUCCAGCCUGGAAAGGAGAGUUCAAUUGAAAACAGGGAAUGGAUGAGACACCAGAAAUGCCCCUGUCCCCCACGCUCUACUCCUUCAUCUUACUUUCCAUUCCUUCUGCUUUCAACAGGAAUAGCUCGCUCUUCCCACCCCAGCUGUUUCUGAUGAAAUGGCACAGAAAAGAACGUUUUUGUGCAAAUUUGUAGUCGAGAGUUUCAGACUCUGAGACGCACUUCUCGGGCACACUGGAGAGCCAGGUUGCGGUGGUUAAUUUAGCUGGAGAGCUACUUUCAUAAAUCUUGCAUACUGUAACACCUCGAAAUUGCCUUUAAUUAAGCCAGACUUUUAGUUGUCACUAAUUAAUGUAUUCUUUAUUUGUGUCCACCGAUAUUUGGGGCACAAAUUUGCAAAUAUAUUGUCUGUCAGUAAAGCUGGUUUGCAUGCCUGAAGGUUGCCGGACAUAUGUCGCAUUCUGCACAGUUAUUAUGCGACCGGUGUUACAGAUUGGACAAUAAAUAGCAAGUCGGAGCAGUGGUUCAUACUGCGGCUGGUAACCUAGAAGCACAAUAAAUAUCGCAUUUAUAGAUUUCAAAGCCAAGCACAUCCUGCGGCAGUGUUUCCAGACUAAUCAAAGCGCCAUCCUUCCCUUAGUAAGUGUUUACAGGUCAGCCAUUGUACAUGUUGAUAGGUGUGUAUCUGUAACUUCUGUUUUGAAUGGCCGCUGCAUUACCUCAGGUUCAAACUCUGAAGCCCCACUCUGAUCAGGAGUGCGUCUUCAAUGAAGAUUUAGCACGUUCUUCUGGUAUUUAUGUGGGUUUCCUUCCGGGGCAUUUAGAGAGACUUCUUGACAGAUUUAAUGGAUGGCAAUGCAUGCCUGUGAGUGUCUCUGUGUACGUUUGAGUGAGCCGAUGAUGGGAUUAUGUGAGGCCAGGAAGAUCUUCUGUUAAAUGAGCAACUUGAUUCGUGUCUGACUGUCUUAGCUGCUCCUCCACAGCAACUGAGUUGAGUCAGUUGAGACCAGUAGUCUUCAUCAGAAGGGUACCUUGUGUCUCUUGUCACUUCAUCAGGCUCCUGAUCGACACUUUCUGUUGCCCCGUGGUAUAUGUUUGACUUUUCCAGGUAUUCAGAUAGUAGUUUUCAGCUCCAUGCAGUAAUUUUACUUUGCAAAAUAGUAUUGCUUUUCUUUCUUAAAUGUUUUAUCUUCGUUUGUGUUAAAUUAUGAAGUUCUGCUCAUUCAGUCACAACCAAGCCUUUUCAGUAUUAAAUGAAAACAGUAUAAAAACAGUUCAACCUAAAUAAAAAAAGUUAAAGUCUAAGAAUAUGUUGUGCAUAGUGUGGUGAACGUCUGCACAUUCACUUCACAGGUGAGUGAGGUGAUCUGAAUUGUCAUGUUAACCUAAGUGGAAAGUUCUGUUUUUAAUGGAGAAGUGAGCCUCUGAUAACAGAACUGGUUCCAGUAAAAGCCACAGCAGGAAUGGGAUCUGACAGGCUGCCCGCUGGAAUACGCCAGUCCUCGGCCUACCAGAUUGGUUUACUGGCACCAUGUUGAGUGCUAAUGUUGCUAUUAGUUGGAUUGUUGGGCACACUGCAUGGCACUGGGUGAUUAUUUCAGAGAUUCGAGCAGCAUGGCCGGCCUUAGCUAAAACACUCCUCCAUUGUGUAAGAAGUGGAAUAUGUGGAGACCUGGCCAAGCCUGCUUAAAUGAGGCAGGACAGGAGCACGUGAGGCCGGCUCUGCUUGAAUUACAAGGCCAUCAGCUAGUGGUUGAGUGUCCAGGGCAAACCCUGGGUAGGAGAGAUGGUUUCGACAUGUUGAGGCCUUUUCAUCCAAGACAAAAAUGAACCCUUCGGAUGUUGAGGGCAGUUAAUGUGUGUUACUGUGCCCUUCGUAGAUGUCUGAUGAAGUGACCAAGCAGUGGCCGUGUGCGCCAAACUGAGUGCCCGAAACUCUACUGGUCGCUUGAUUGCUGCAAGAGCUUAUCUCCAGCUUUCAGAUGUCCUCACACUGUGGCUGGGCAGGAAACCAGAGGUAAAAUGGCUGCUGUCUUCAGCACUCGCCGGACGGGGGAAGAGGUCGCCCUGCAGUGGAGUGGCACAGUAUUACUUACGUGGGUUUCUUUACUUGGCGGCUCCCUGGUUUGAAGCCAAGGCGUUCACUUGUUUAGUAAUUGCAAUUGUACUGCAAGAUGAAUUUGUUGUGAUGUUUUGUUGAAUUGAUGGCAAGGAAUUGUUGUGUGCCGUGUUGUGCAAUACAAAAAGAGGAAAGAAUACUAUUUUGCACAAAGACUUUGCUUUGGUUUCUAAAUGCACCAUUUUUUUUAUUUUUGUACCAAUCCUGUUUUCUUUGAAGGACAUAAUGCUAACUUCGGAUUAUGUAAUAUCACUUUUAGCUGUGUUUUUAUAUCUGAUGUUAUGUAUAAUCAACGUUCCAGACAUUUUUUGUUUGUGUUUGUUUUUAUUUUUAAAG